CGAUUGAUUAAUCAGUUUAUUGAUUAUUAAAAUCAGACUGAAGGUUUACUACCCAGAGGGACAGACAAAAAGAGAACAUUACGCUUAACCAUUAACUUAAAAACAAAUUAUUGUUAAGCCAAGAAAAACAAACUGAGAGGGGGUCUGUUAUAUUACAAGUGUCCCUUGAGCACCUAAACAGGCAAAAAGACACCAGGAGACAGAUAGACAGACAAAGUUGGUGCUAACUUUUAUUUAAGUCACUUAUAAAUGAUCAUUAGCUGCUGCUCCACUCUCUCUCUUUCCAUUCGUCCAGCCAUUUACCCGUCCGUCCAUCCACCCACCCGUCUCUCCAACUCUCCCCAGCCCUCCAGUCAUCCGUCAGCCUGCAGACUGUUUAUUCUGGGGGAAGUGAACCUCCAAUCCGGAAGACACAUCCGAGACAUCGCUUUUAUUUUAUAUUUAUUAUAUUAUUAUCAUUAUUAUUAGUAUUAUUUAUUUUAUUUUAUUUUAUUGUUGUUGUUUGAAGAGAUAAAACAUGGACAAUCAAUCUUAGAAAAUAUUUAGAAAAGUUAAAUGUAUUAGAAGGACCUAAACCCAGACUGAAGAUGGGCUUUGGUGACCUGCUAGAGGAGGUGGGUGGGUUCGGGAGGUACCAGUGGCUCCACGUGACUCUGAUCAGUCUACCUGGUUUGUUUAUGGCGAGCCAGAACCUGCUGAAUAACUUUGUCUCAGGAAUCCCUGCCCACCACUGCAGACUCCCGGCCAAUUACAGUCUUAACAACCUGUCGCACUACCAGAUGGAUGAACAGCAGCUGCUGAAAGCAUUCAUCCCUCCAGACUCUUCAGGAAAACUGGACCGAUGCAGGAGGUAUGUGGAGCCUCAGUGGCAGCUGUUAAAUACAAACAACUCAGUUAAUAUUAGCCAGUUACAGACUGAAGAAUGUUUGGACGGAUGGACUUUCGACCGCUCUGAGUUCCUCGCCAGCACCGUCUCUGAGUGGGAUCUGGUGUGUUCUCUACGUCCUCUUAAACAGAUGAUUCAGACCAUCUAUAUGGGCGGAGUUUUAAUGGGAGCCAUCAUCUACGGUGGCCUGUCAGACAGGUUUGGGAGGCGGGCUGUCCUUAUUUGGUCGUACAUGCAGGUGGCCGUGCUUGGUUGUAGCUCCGCCCUCUCUCCUUCAUACACUGUCUACUGCAUUUUUAGGUUUCUGUGUGGGAUGGCUGUGUCUGGAGUCAUCCUCAAUGGAUUUUCACUGAAGGUGGAGUGGAUCCCAACCAAAGAGAGGACAAUAGUGGGCACACUUACCUCCUUUUUCUUUACAUUUGGUCAAAUGAUCCUGGCAGGGCUCGCCUUUUGGCUGAGAGACUGGAGGAAGCUGCAGGUGGCCGUCUGUAUCCCCCAGUUCCUCUUUUUUGCGUCCAGCUGGUGGUUUGCAGAGUCGGCUCGUUGGUUGGUUCUAAACCGUCGGUCUGAGCAGGCAUUAAAGAGUCUUCACCGAGUCGCUCGAAUAAAUGGAAAAUCAGAGAUAAUCGACAAGUUAACAGUGGAGACUCUACACUCUCACAUGAAAAAGGAAAUUGAGGCAUGUCGAUCAUCAUUCACAGCGUACGACCUGCUGAAAACCAGAGGGAUUAGACGCAUCUCCAUCUGUCUGAUAGCUGUCUGGUUCUCCACCAGUUUUGCGUACUACGGUGUGGCGAUGGACCUGCAAAAGUUCGGGGUGAGUAUCUACCUCAUCCAGAUCAUCUUCGGAGCCGUUGAUAUUCCUGCCAAAAUAUUUGCUCUAGGCAUGCUCACUGUCUUGGGGAGGAGAGUCUCUCAGGCGGCCUGUCUCUUCCUCUCGGCCCUCGUCAUCUUUGCCAACAUCUUUGUCCCUACAGACAUGCAGACCAUCAGGACCGUGUUAGCGUGUCUUGGUAAAGGUUUCACCUCGGCCUCCUUCACCGUCGUCUACCUGUACACCGGAGAGCUCUACCCCACGGUCAUCAGGCAAACGGGAAUGGGCUUCGUCUCCACCAUGGCACGAGUCGGCAGUAUGGCAGCUCCUGCUGUCCUCAUCCUGGACGAGGUACUCCCUGCUCUGCCCAGUGUGGUGUAUGGUGGGGCAGCAGUGUUGGCUGGCUGCUUUGCCUGCUUCCUGCCGGAGACCCUGAACAUACCUCUGCCUGAUACCAUCGAGGAUGUGGAGGAGAAAUGGUCUGGACGAAAGCCAACCUGGCAACCUCAAGAGGGCAGAGCUUCUUCUGGUGGUGGUGUGGUCUCAACCACUGAAGGUGUGGCUUUAAAAGAGCUGAAGGACACAGAAGGGACUGGACUCAAUGCCCUCUGACCAAUCAGACGUCAGAUCCAGUGACCGCUGGACUAAACCUCGACCAAUCAGAUGGCUGGAUUGAAUCUCCACCAAUCAGUCAUUAAUGACCAAAAAUAUGAACCAAUGAGAAUCAAACAGUGGCACCUUUAAGUAUUAAAACAUUUUCUAUCAGAAAAAUUACACAUUUCUAACAUUUAAAUGUAUGUUGAAUUAGUUUAAAUGCAUAAACUCUUUUGUUUAAUUACCAAGGUAUUGAUUAGAUGGAAAUGAAGCCACAGCACACAACAGUUACUGUCAUUAAUGAUGAUGAAUCAAUAAUCAAUAACUCACUGUAACACACUAAUAAACUGUAAUCAGU